AUGAAGAUAAUCAUAUAUUUUUGCAUUUGGGCAGCAACAUGGGCCAUUCCGGUUCCUCAGAUCAAGCCAUUGGAGAGAUACACUGUUGGCAAAUCUGUGAAUUUGAAUCUCCCAGAAAAAUCAAAACUGCCAAUACAGGAUGAGCUAAAUGCUACCAAUACCACCAAAGAGAGUGGUGUCCCCAUGCAUGAAAAUGAAAUGGGAAGGCAACAGUAUACCAAAGAUGGUUACAAAGUAGAGAGAAAUUGUUCUGAGUGGGCAGAGGUAGGAGGGAGAAGUUCUUCUAUGCAUUCCAUGUUAGUAAAUGAAGAGAAGCACCCCAAGGAUGAGAAUGGGGGCACAGGAAGACCAGAAACAUACAGUCAUGAUGGGAUACAUGGAAAGGAAGAGAACACCACAGCCAAUGGUCUUAGGGGACAAGUAAGCAUUAUUGAUAAUACUGGAGCAGCAAAUGGGAGUGAUAUUAAUGGAAAUACUGAUGAGAAUUCAAAGAAUGGGACUGUUGGAGAUGCAAGUCAGAGUGAGAAUGCCACUGUUUUUGAAAAAGAUGAACAUCAAUUUGCUGGAAGCAGUAACAGUACAGGCCACGAGAAUGAAACAAAUGGGGAUUCCUGUAGAAAUGAGGGUGCUACAUGUGAAGUAACACCUCAGAAAGAAAGUGAGAGAAAUGGUCAUGAGGAGGCAGGGGAAACACCAGGGGGAAGUGGAGCUGGCAAUAGAGAGGAUGCUGGCCUGGAUAAUUCUGAUGGGAGUCCCAGUGGGGAUGGAGAAGAUGAGGAUGAAGACAAUGGCUCUGGUGAUAAUGAAGGUGAAGAAACAGGAAAUGGAAAAGAGGACACUGAUAAUAGUAAGGGCCAGGAGGGUCAGGGUCAUGGAAAAGAAGAUGACAAUGAUAAUAGCUUAAGUCAAAAUUCAAUCAGUAGUGAAGACGAUGACCCUGACAAUGAAGAAGAUGCCCAGCACAUGGACGGAGACAAUGCUUCCAAGAGUGAGGAGGAUUCUGAUGGUAUUCCAGAAGGAAAUGAUAGCAAAAGAAUAGAGGACACCCAAAAACCCAAUCAUAGAGAAAACAAUGAUGUGGAAAAUGGAAUUACCAAAGAAUCAGAGCCAAGUACUAAUGGGAAGAGCCAAGAUAAGGGAAUAGAAAUUGAACUUCCCAGCAGAGGCAACAGAAACAAUAUUACCAAAGAAGCUGGGAAAGUCAACAGAGAGAAAGAGAGCAAAGGACAACAUGGAAUGAUUAUGGGCAAUGGAAAUGUUAAGUCACAAGGAGAGGUUGACAACAUGCAAGGACCUGGCCAGAAAUCAGAACCUGAAAGUAAUGUUGGACACAGCAUAACAGGUAGUGACAGUAACAGUGAUGGAUAUGAUAGUUAUGAGCUUAAUGAUGAAUCCAUGCAAGGAGAUGAUCCCAAUAGCAGUGAUGAGUCUAAUGGCAAUGAUGAUGCCAAUUCUGAAGGUGACCAUAAUAGCAGUAACCAAGGAGAUAUAUCUUAUAACUCUGAUGAUUCAAAAGAUAAUGACAAUGACAGUGACUCAAGAGGAGAAGGAGAUGAUGAAAAUGACAGCUCAUCAGAUGCUAAUUAUAGUGACAGUAAUGGCAAUGGUAAUGAUGAGAGUGAUGAUAGCAAAUCAGACAGCAGCAAAGAUAAAUCAGACAACAGUGACAGCAGUGACAGUAGUGACAGCAAAUCAGAAAGUAGUGACAGCAGUGACAGUAGUGACAGCAGUGACAGCAAAUCAGAAAGUAGUGACAGCAGUGACAGUAGUGAUAGCAGUGAUAGCAGUGACAGUAGCGACAGCAGUGACAACAGUGACAGUAAAUCAGAUAGUAGUGACAGCAGUGACAGCAGUGACAGUAGCGACAAUAGUGACAGUAAAUCAGAUAGUAGUGACAGCAGUGACAGUAGUGACAGCAGUGACAGCAGUGACAGUAAAUCAGAUAGUGAUAGCAGUGACAGCAGUGACAGUAGCGACAGCAGUGACAGUAAGUCAGAUAGUAGUGAUAGCAGUGACAGUAGUGACAGCAAAUCAGAUAGUAGUGACAGCAGUGACAGUAGUGACAGCAGUGAUAGCAGUGACAGCAGUGACAGCAAAUCAGAUAGCAGUGACAGCAGUGACAGUAGUGACAGCAGUGAUAGUAGCAACAGCAGUGACAGUAAAUCAGAUAGUAGUGACAGCAGUGACAGUAGUGACAGCAGUGACAGUAAAUCAGAUAGUAGUGACAGCAGUGACAGUAGUGACAGCAGUGACAGCAGUGACAGCAGUGACAGUAAAUCAGAUAGUAGUGACAGUAGUGACAGCAGUGAUAGCAGUGACAGUAGUGACAGCAAAUCAGAUAGUAGUGACAGCAGUGACAGUAGUGACAGCAGUGACAGCAGUGACAGUAAAUCAGAUAGUAGUGACAGCAGCGACAGCAGUGACAGCAAAUCAGAUAGUAGUGACAGCAGUGACAGCAGUGACAGCAAAUCAGAUAGCAGUGACAGCAAUGACAGCAGUGACAGCAGUGAAAGCAAAUCAGAUAGUAGUGACAGCAGUGACAGUAGUGACAGCAGUGACAGCAGUGACAGCAGUGACAGCAGUGACAGUAAAUCAGAUAGUAGUGACAGUAGCGACAGCAGUGACAGCAAAUCAGAUAGUAGUGACAGCAGUGACAGUAGUGACAGCAGUGAUAGCAGUGACAGUGACAGCAGUGACAGCAGUGACAGCAAAUCAGAUAGUAGUGACAGCAGUGACAGUAGUGACAGCAGUGACAGCAGUGACAGCAAAUCAGAUAGUGACAGCAGUGAUAGCAGUGACAGUAGCAACAGCAGUGACAGCAGUGACAGCAGCGACAGCAGCGACAGCAGUGACAGCAGCGACAGCAGUGACAGCAAAUCAGAUAGUAGUGACAGCAGUGACAGCAGUGACAGCAGUGACAGUGACAGUAGUGACAGCAGUGACAGCAGUGAUAGCAGUGACAGCAGUGAGAGCAGUGAUAGUAGUGACAGCAAAUCAGAUAGUGACAGCAGUAACAGCAGUGAAAGCAGUGACAGUGCAUCUGACAGCAGUGAUGAGAGUGACAGUAAGAGCAAGUCUGGUAAUGGCAAGAACAAUGGAAAUGACAGUGACAGUGAUAGUGACAGUGAAGGCAGUGACAGUAAUCACUCAACUAGUGAUGAUUAGAAUAAAAUAAAGAUUCCUUUUGUGAAAAGUAUGGUGAGUGAUAGAAAAUAAAAAUUUCCAAGAAAACAAGGAGAGAGGAGAAAUAAACAGAAGAUAUGCAAACAUUCACAGAAAAUGAAGGGAAUUAAGUCAAACUGGUGGAUUCAGUCCAAGCCUCAAU